AUGGCUGAAGAAGAAAAUGCUCCAAGAAGGAUAUGUCGGUACAAUGAAUGGAGGUACAUGAUGUCUUCAAUGGGUGACAGUCGGAGGAGGAUAGUGAAGGGGGGAUUAAUGUAUGCAUUAUUAGCCAAUUUAUCUUUGGAGCUCACGCAUUCUGACAAGCUACAACAACUUCUCCCUACAACAAAGGUAAUCAUGUCUUCUUACUCUACAUCUUCUACUAAUUAUGAGAGGUUAUCAAGUGGACAAGCGGAGUUGGCGAGGUUGGCCGCGAGUACCCCGUUGGGUCAUAAUGUGAUGGAUAUUAGCAAGGAGAGAGAGUCAUCUAUGGGUGGUCUUCCUGCAUCAACUAGUGCGCGACUAGCACCAUCACCAAGGUGA